ACUUGCUACUACUACACACAAACACAGCUAGCCGGCGCUGCCAGGUUGGCUUUGGCGAGCAACGACGACGACGACGGCGCUCAGGACUCAGGUGCUUUCGGUUCAGGCGGAGGAGGGCAUGGAGCGCGGCGACUGCCAGUUCACGGUGGUGCCGCCGCGGCAGUACGACGAGGCCCAGUUCAUGCACCAGCUGAUGGUGGCCGGCGACCAGCAGGACCCCGCGGGCGCGGGGCGGGGAGCUGCCGCCGCCGGCGGGGAGAGGAAGCGGCGGUUCACGGAGGAGCAGGUGCGGUCGCUGGAGACGACGUUCCACGCGCGGCGCGCCAAGCUGGAGCCCCGGGAGAAGGCGGAGCUGGCGCGGGAGCUUGGCCUGCAGCCGCGCCAGGUGGCCAUCUGGUUCCAGAAUAAGCGUGCGCGGUGGCGCUCCAAGCAGCUGGAGCAUGACUACGCCGCGCUCAGGGCUCAGUUCGACGCGAUGCACGCCCGCGUCGAGUCGCUCAGGCAGGAGAAGAUCGCGCUCGCCGCGCAGGUAGACGAGCUGCGGGGGAGGCUGAACGAGCGGCAAGACCAGAGCGGCAGCUGCGAGGUCAACGACGCGGAGGCGGCGGCGGACGACAAGAGGAACAAUAGCACCAGCUCCCUCGUGCAGGACGACGGCGCCACGCCGCCGCCGGCUGCAGUAGACGCCUCCGAGGACUCGGCGGCGACCGGCGAGUACUACGACCACGUCGCGUACGAGUACGAUGGCCUGCACGACCCCUUCGUCUGCGCCACUCCGGACCUGUGGGAUACGUGGCCGCUGCUGGAGUGGAACGCGGUGGCCUGAAACCUCGAUCGUGUACUCGUCGUCAUGUCUCUGUAUCUAGUGCACGUGUGGUGGAUUCAUGGUGAUUCCUUAUAUAGCUAGCUAGCCCC